AUGACAAGGUUAUAUUGUUUCUUUGCUUGGUUCAGUAGUUCGGCCCCAGGAUGGUACUGGAGGGACUAGCGGAGCCUGACCUGCCGCUGUUCUCCAUAGCGGACUAUGUGGUCUUCUCUCUCAUGAUCUGUGUCUCCGCCGGGAUAGGCAUCUACUAUGCCUUCUCAGGAGGUGGACAGAAAACAACUAAGGAGUUUCUCCUGGCGGACCGGCAGAUGCACGUAGUUCCCGUGGCCAUGUCGCUGAUGGCGUCCUUCAUGUCUGCCAUCACGGUACUGGGCACGCCUGCGGAGGUGUACACACACGGAACCAUGUUCUGGAUGUUCUGGAUCACGUAUAUCUUCAUGAUCGUGAUCUCAGCACACCUCUACAUGCCCGUCUUCUUCAACCUGGGCGUCACCAGUGCUUACGAGUAUCUUGAGAGAAGAUUCUCCGUGGUGGUCCGAAGACUCGGUUGUGCUACGUUCAUUCUGCAAAUGACAAUAUACAUGGGAAUCUGUCUGUACGCCCCUGCGCUUGCUCUGGAAGAAGUAACUGGAGUAAACCUAUGGGGAGCCGUCCUGACCCUUGGCGUGGUGUGCACCUUCUACACUACAAUAGGCGGUAUGAAGGCAGUGAUGUGGACAGACACGUUCCAGGUGUGUGUGAUGUGUAUGGGCUUCCUGGCCGUCAUCAUCCAGGGCAGCAUCAACGUGGGCGGCUUCGGGGAGGUCUGGAGCAGGAACCUGGAGGGAGACAGGCUGACUUUCUUCGUGUGGGACGUGGACCCGCGGAUCCGCCACAGCACGUGGAGUGUUCUGUUCGGCGGCGGGUUCAUGUGGAUCGCCGUGUUCGGAGUGAACCAGGCGCAGGUCCAGCGAUACCUCAGCUGUAAGAACCUCCGCAAGGCGCAGACAGCCCUGUACCUGAACGUUCCCGGGCUGUUUGUAAUCGUGACUCUGGCGUCUCUGUGCGGCCUGGUCAUGUACGCACUGAACCGGGAAUGUGACCCCGUCACUGCGGAGUACCUCAAAACGUCCGAUCAGCUGAUGCCCUACACGGUGAUGAUGCUGCUCAGCUGGCUGCCCGGUCUCCCCGGCGUGUUUGUGUCAGCUGUGUUUGCCGGGGCUCUCAGUACAAUGUCGUCCGGUUUGAACUCCCUGGCUGCCGUCACUUUAGAGGACUUCAUCAAGCCGUUUAAGAAGGAUCUGUCGGAGCGUCAGUACACCAACAUCUCUAAAGUACUGGUGGCGGUUUACGGAGCCCUGAUGAUUCUGCUGGCCUGGGCAUCAUCCUUCAUGGGCGCUGUGUUACAGGCCGCCCUAGGUAUGUUCGGUAUGGUUGGUGGACCUCUGCUGGGGGUCUUCUCACUAGGAAUCUUCUUCCCUUGUGCCAACACAGUGGGUGCCGUAGUUGGUAUCAUAUGCGGGUUCCUGAUGACCUUCUGGGUGGGGAUCGGUGCUCAGAUCUACAAGCCCAUCGUCCCGAGACCACCGGUCACGAUUGCGGGUUGCCCAUUGGCCAACCACACCGAUUCAAACUUCACGACCAGUACAGUCUCCAUGGUGACAGAUCUACUCGGAACAACGUCAGUCGAGGACCUUGUUGCCAGCACCGAAGAGAGACCUGCCAUUGCCGAGUUCUACAACAUCUCGUACCUGUGGUACGGAGUUCUAGCCGUCUUCGUGGUGGUGACAGUCGGGCUGAUCGUCAGCUUCAUCACAGGUCCCCAGAACCCUGCCGAGCUGGAUCCCCGGCUGAUCACCCCGCUGUUCGACACGGCGUGCUGCUGCUGCCCCGGCCGCUGUAGACACACCCUGUGGUGCGGGGUCCGCCAUGACGACAAGGAUGUUUGGAUUGAACACGAGAAAGAGGAAACUGAAAAGGAAAUGCAGAGGAGGGAGAGUCUAAGGAUUGCCCGGAAGGAAAGCUUAAAGGCACGGAAGGAGAGCUUAAAGAACAAACAAGAAGAUAACGACGUAGAACUCAAGGAGAAAGGAGCAAAGGUGGAGACCCCGAGCAUUGGCAACAAAGACUCUGCUGUUUAGUUGUACGCUUGGAGUAAAUGUGUUGUAGAAGAAUUACGAAAUGUCAGUAUUUCAUGAGUAGAACUACAUUCAUCAGCUAAAUUUACUUGGUUGCAUUUAGAAAUAUCAUAAUGAAUAUAUUAGUCUAACCAUUAGACGUGUAUUGUAUUUAUGAGGAAUCUUAUUGUAUUUAUCAAAUCAUAGACUUCAGUACAUAUUGGUCAUCAUUGGAGCGUCAAGAGUUUUUCUUCACUUGUUAGAAAUCGAGGGAUUUUAAAAGUCUAGAA